AUCUCCAGUAAUAUAUAAUAUUCAGAGGACGGAUAUAUAUCUGAGUAUGAGAUAUAUCAGCUCUCCAGUAAUAUCUACAGCCUGGAGAGUAUGACGAGGAUCCUAGAGGGAGUUCGUAAACUGGUUCAGCAUCAACCUGAAGAUCCAACACAGGAUUUGAAGAAAAGAAAUUUGCGGGAUUUCUUGGAAGGAUUUCUCACUUCUCAGGUGUUUGGUGAGAUGUCAAGAAAUCUUAAAGCUAGAAGAAAGCUUGGGCUAGCUCAUCGACCCUACCAGGACCUUCUCUGUCUAUUCAACCACGGGCUAGAGCACCUGAAAGAAGUUCUGAUGGACCCUGUUCUACAGGAGGUAUCCUGGCCUAUGCCGGAGUUUCUCCGACCUGGAUCAGACGAGCUGCCGGUCAACUGGAACGAUGCUCUUCAUGUUGAUGAAACUGUACAGUUUAUAGAUUCUCUCAAACUGGAGGAUUUACAGGUUUACGAGGCAGAUAGCUGGCGGAACCUAGUGGAACAGAUCUGGGCAUAUGUGGACCGAAUAUCCGUCCCAAACUACGAUACAUCCGUCCUUGUCUCAGAACUACGGCGGAGUCUGAGCCGGAGCUACCGAGGAUACACCGAGCAGUGUUGUCGAGGCGGAGGUGGGGAAAAUAUUACUCCGCCACCGGAAAUACUACCUUGGACUGAUAUUCUGGUCUGCUGUGCUCAGUACAGAUUGUCGUGUAUGGAAGGAAGUGAUAGAAUUGUUGGAUAUAGAGAGGAUAAAAUACUAGAGUACUCACUACCAUCUCAAUGGACAAGCGGACUGGGAUGGACAGCUGAACACGCAGAGACAUCUAUGGUUGAACAUUUGAACCGUUCACUAUCUGAAUACAGGGAUAAACUGAGGAUAGAGGAACCUUGUUAUAAUCCUGAUCUCAGGGAUAAACUCAAGGAGGAACAGAAACAAUCUUUAAGGUUAGAGUUAAUGCUGGAGAAUGCUCUGAGUGAGGAUUAUAAACCCAACCUACUCCGAUCUAGCUUCGACCUGGAGGAGGAUCAGGGACUGGAGGGGGAGAAUAAUCAUGAAGGACGGAGGAGCAUUGAAUCAGUACCUUUAAUCAGCUACGUGUCUCCAAGUUUGGGUCGAAUUGUAUCUCCAUAUACUGUAUCCUGUAGAUCGGAAAUGAUCUCUACCGGAAUGUCCCCCUUGAGCCGGAAAGGAAAGGAGAACCGGAGAUCAGGAGAGAUGGUUCGGACUCAUAGAUUCUCCGGAGAGAAGAGAGGGGCGGAGAGUACUAAGAAGAGAUGGUCUGGUGAUCUCCAUUCUUCAGCUAAACGACAACGUGGUGGAGAUAAGAAACGGUUCAUCCCGGAUGCUGAAUAUUCUCAAGGUCUAGGUGGAGACCUGCAACCUACUCCGGGUAUAGCUGGACAACUGGACGAGUUCAAGAAUACUCUAGAAGAUGAGAUGAUCAAGUCUGACAGAUUCGAGAAAUUGCUACAAGCAGCUCUCAAUCCAUAGACCAUAUCCAAGCUGUUUUAAACCAUAGAGCUCCGUCGUUGCUUUUCAUUUGAAGCGAUCUGUUCAUGUCAUUGCUAAAUAAAUUGUUAACUCAUUUAAUUACAAAAAGAAUGUGAUAUUUUUGCUCAAGUAUUUUUGAAUAAAUGUUUGCAGAGAAAUGUA